AUGCCGCUGCUAUCACCACCUCUAACGCCCAAGUUUGCGCCCAACGCAUCGCGGGGCAGGCGACAGCACUACGCCGGACGCACACAUCCGCCCUCCCCGCUUGCAAUCCCCGACGCCUUCGUCCUCCCACCACCUCUCGACACGAUCCCCGACGACGACAUACCAGAGGCCGCCUUGCCGCCUCCGACCACCGCAAAGACGCCAAACGCGACAGACGAGCACGCCUGGCGCCCCUUCAUGUCUCCUGAGGAGAGGGACGCACGCGAGGCGUGGAUCUCGGGCGCUAGAGGGCGCAGCGGGCUCCGGAUCGUCAUUGUUACUGAGAACUUUCUGCCCAAGGUCGAUGGCGUCACGCGCACUCUUGCGCGCCUGCUCGAGCACCUCGAGCGCGAGGGCCACCUGUGCAUGCUUCUCGGUCCGGGCACUGGAAUGAGCCACUACGCAUCUCACCCACUCGUUGGUACAGCGGGCGUACCACUGGUCGUGUACCCCGGCCUCAAGCUCAAUUUCCUGCGGCCCAAGUUUCUGCGCACCAUCCAGGACUUUCAGCCAGACGUCGUGCACUUUGUAGACCCUAUCUGGCUGGGCGCGCAGACUCUUGUGGCUCUCGAGCUCGGCUGGGCUGGAGAAGACUGGGUUGGUGAUGGAGGCCCUGCCAUCGGCACAGGUAUAAGCGGCGCCGUCGUCGCCAGUUACCACACCAAUUUGGCCACGUACGCGACCUUGUUCGGCCUCUCAUGGCUCGAGCCAGUCAUGUGGCGCCUCCAGAAGUGGCUUUACUCAAAGACCAAGCUCACGCUCUGCCCCUCGCCGUCGACACGCGACAUGCUCGAGUCGCAGAGCUUUGCAAAUGUGCGAUUGUGGCCGCGCGGCGUCGAUCUUUCCCAGUUCUCGCGCAAGCAGCGGUGCCCCAAAAUGCGCUCGAAUUGGGGUGUCGGCGACUCGCCCGAGGAGCGCCAGGGCAGUCACUUUUCUGGACGCAAGACCAGCCUCCCCCUCACGCCGCCAGCAAGUCCUAUCGUCACGGCGACCGGAGCCGCGUCUAACCCGCUCCCGGAACGCAUUGUACUGUUGUACGUCGGACGCAUGUCGUGGGAGAAGAACCUUGUGCUUCUCCUCAAAGCGUACGGAAGGCUUCGCGUUAUGCUCCCGCCUGCCUCCAUUCCCAAGCUCGUUUUUGUCGGUGACGGGCCUGCGCGCACCGAACUUCAGAGCAUAUGUUCCGACGAGGGUUACGACGCAAUGUUCAUGGGCCACCGCAGCGGCGUCGAACUUGCACAGUGUUACGCUUCCGCCGACGUCUUUGCCUUUCCGAGCUUUACCGAGACGUUUGGGCAGGUUGUCCUCGAGGCGCUUGCCUCUGGUAUGCCCGUCGUCGGCCUUGACGCCGAGGGAACACGCGACCUCGUCUCACACAGGCAGACAGGCCUGCUCCUCCCCCUUCCCCUCCACUCGGACAGCCCGUCCCGCGCCUGGCCGACCAUCUGUCGCGACACCGCCAACCCGCUCUUCCAGGAUUCCGAGAUGCACAGCGACGACACCGAACACUCGUCGCCAAGUCCGAGUUCUCCGAGUCCCUAUGGCAAGUAA